GGGGAGAAGAUCGCACAACAACAUGAAGCACUCUUGUCAAGUUACUUUGUGAUUACUUUCAUCCGCAAACCAGUGACAUGCCUAGCAUCACGCCACGUUUCUGAGGCGAAGGUCAAAAGCGCCGCCUUCGGCUGCCUUGACGAUAUCGCAAUUGACGUGUCGCCCUCUGUUCACCUGCCUCCAGCAAUAGCCUCCCUUCGUUCACAUCUGACACCGCACUCCCGUGGUUCGCUGUUCACCUUACGAGAUGAGUCCGUCAUGUCUCCUCCACAUACUGUCAACCAGUCGUACAGUCCUUGGGUUGACCCCAAUGCAGAUGAAAUGCCAUCUUCGCCGAUCUGGAAACAUCUUAAACGAGAGGACCAGUGCAGUGAACAUGUGGCUUGGUGGCAAGUUAUGCCCAACCGUGACAAUUGCACCGAACCACCUCCUCCGAUUUGCACACCCAUUCACAUGUGCGCAGUUGUUGCAGAAUGUGAGGCCAGUCUACUGAAACCCACCUGCCUCACACCUCUCAACGCACACGAGUAA